CACACACACACAUCCAUCAGUAAAAGUCGCCCUUCUUGGCCUCUGCGGUGCGAAGCCUCUCGGCGAUGUUCUCCUCCCUGACGCGCUUGUGUGAGAUCUGCACCUCCCUGAUGCGCUGCUUUAUCAGCUCAGUGCGCUCGUCCGCAUACCCUUCCAAGCGCUGGUACCUAUCACACACAAAGCACACAGCAUGAGAGGCACGUGCACGUGUGUGGAAGGUGAGCUGUGUGUAUCUGUCUGUGGACAGGACAGACCUGAUGUCUUGGCUGAGUUGUUGAAUGAGUUUGUCGAACUCUGGGCCGUCCUCCUUGGACGUGUGUGUGAUGAGGGUGCAGCUCUUGAGGUACUGACGGAAGGCAUCCUGGUACUCCUUGGCCUGAUGUGUGGAUUCACGGAUGCAUCGACACACAAGACGACGGUGUGCUGACCAGUGGGUGGGUGCCUGCCGUGUGGAUGCGUACCUGCAUGGCCCUCCACUUCUCGUACUCGUCUGUCAGCACUUGCUCAGGCAUGUGCUGGAACCGCUUGUCGCUCAUCACACUCAACGCAUCCAUCGCCUGACAAACACACGGACAGAUCGACCGCAGCAGACACACAAACAUCUCAGGCCAUUCCCCUGGUGAUUUCUCUCCCGUGGUUCGCACCUCUUUGAACGUCAUUGAUGGUGAGAUCUGUGUGCUCUGCUGCAGCACCAGAGACAGCAGCUUCCGACGCUCAGCCAAACACUGCCUGAUGGACAAAGAUAGAGACCGCAGGAAACGCACAGACGGGUAUUUAUGUCACCAUGGUCGUCUGGCUGUACAUCAUGCUCACUUCUCGAACAUAUCGAAGAGCCGUUCCUUGUCUUGCUGAGAGAGCAGAUCUGACGAGUCUCGGGGGUCGUUCGCCAGCUGACUCGACACGUCAGCAUACCUGAACACACAUACGUCCCUAUCUCAUUGAGCGGGCACCAUAGCACGCUCACUUUUUGCCGAAUGGGUUCUUGACACGUUCAGCGAGCAUGUUGCGGAAGCUGCUCUCAGCCUCUCCCUUCAUCAGCUUCUGGCGCUUCUUGUCGACAUCGUCGCCCUCGUCCUCCUUGCCAGCCUCAUCCUUGCCCCCCUCGCCCCUCUCCCUCUCCCUCUCGCGCUUCCGGCCAUGCGCACGGAAGAACUCACCGCACACCUGAUGGAUGGAUGGAAGAGUGCAUCACACAAGUGUUCGUGUUUCUCUUUGUGUGGUUUGUGUGUGCCGCUAACUCUUUCGAAAAUGUCUUCACGCGUGGCCGACGUGACGGCGCUGUACCUGGGGUCGUCGCGCAGCCCCUGCUUGACGCGCUGCCACCGGGGAGGCUCGACGCGAGAGACGUCUGUCUCUCUGCGGCUUUCCUUCUCCCGUGACUCAGUCUCUCUCUGCACAUAUGACUGCACACAAGGGGAACGACCACAAGAGAGGGGGGUCGACAAAUGUGUGUGUGCGUGGUCGUAUGAGUGUGGCUCAGUCACUUGUAGGAACUCGUAGAUCAUGUCCCUGAACGCCUUUCGCGCCGCCUCCCGCCUCUCCUCGCGAGCCUUCUUGCGCACAUUGAUCCUGGUCGAUGGAUGGAUGACACACAGAUGGCUGUUCGGUGGCUGGCUGUUCCCUCCUCCCAUCCAUGCACAGCAUGGCAUCCAUUCAUACCUCUCCUGUACGAGUGUGCGUCGUGUUUUCGAGUCCAUGGCCUUCCACCUGUGGUCGUCCUGGUACCGAAGUGCGACGGUCUCGACGGUGCUGGAGGGGUGGAUGUCGUCACGCCGCUCGGCCUCGUCCAACAGCUCCACAAACUUGUCAUGCACCUGCAAGCACACACAGGCAGACAGAGGGCUGGAUUGAUGGUUCUGUUGGUUAGCUGGCUAGAUGGAUUCCUGACCUCCUUUUUGGAUUUGGUCCUCUGUCUUCGUUUCUCCUCAGCGAUCUCCUUGAUGAACUUAUCGUACAUGAUGCGGCGCUGGUCAGUCGACACGGCCGUGAACCGACUGUCGUACAUGAGCUUGGGCAAUGCCUGCACAAACACACACACACACACACACACACAGAGAGAGAGAGAGAGAGGGAUCCUGUUUUGUUUCUCUCUCCCACUCUGUGCAGUGUGUGUGGGUAGGGAUGCUUUACCUUGUCGUACGGCGGAAUGCCUGUGAUGUUGAUCUCCCUGAGCACGUCCUUGAAGUCCUCCACCUUCUUCAUCUGCUCAAUCAGACGGCGCUUCUCCUCAUCCAACUGAUACCCACACACACACACACACACACACACAUAAACACACACCAAAGGCACCUGCACGACACGCCGGCCUGUCUGUGUGUCUGCCUGCUUGCCUGUUGUUCGUCGUCGGAUUCUUCCUCGUCCGAGCUUUCCUCGCCCUCCUCCUUCUCUGGCGGCUCCCCGCCCUCACCAGCCAUCUUCUCAUCGCCCACAUCGUUCUCACCACCGCCCUCCUCAGGCUCUUUCGCCUCUCCCUCUCCCUCACCGUCCCCCUUCUUGUCGGCGUCCUGCUGGGCCUCUCCCACCUGCUGCUGUUGCUGCUGCAUUUCUUCCUCUGUGGGUGGGGGGAUCUCGCCGUCGAGCUCCCUGACGAUGGUGAGGAUCUCAUCAGGGCACGCCCACCUGCUGACGUUUGUCUCCUUGUUGCGGAAGUAGGUCAUGCCAUUCUCGCCGGUGAUCCGCAGCCAGGGGGUGUUGCCAAUCGUCUCAUACUCGAGCACCUCACCAGCCGCCUGCAUACACGAGGGAGGGGAACGCACAUGCACCUGACGCAUCUCCCUCCCUGCCUCACUCACUCACUGACCUGUUGCGGGUUCGUCCCGGCCACCACGACCACGUCUGUCUUGCCAGCCGGCCGCACCCACCGUGACUCCUUGCUGGUUGGGCAGUGGUAGUACUUGUGCCCGUUGGGCGCCAGAUGCUCCUCCCACACCACCCGCUUCUCCACAGGCGGGGGCGGCUCAGCGAGGGCCGCCGGUGAGGGCAUAAUCACGGGCAUGAUAGGAGGUCCCGGGGCAAUGAUGUGUGGUGGGAAGGGGAUGGUCCCCGGCGGCCUGUGCAUGGACAUCUGCAUGUGCAUCAUGAGGUGAGGGUGCAUCAUGUGAGGGGGGAUGGGAGGGAGCAAGGGAGGCCGGCCGGUGGACACGAUGCGCGGCUGGUAGGCAAGUCCAGGUUGAAGAGGAAUGUCGCCCUGGGCUGAUGGGUAGACAGGGGCGGCCAUUGAGUCGCCUGCCUGGCCUGUUUCUGCGCUGGCGGCAGGUUGCUGUGCGGGCUGUUGGGUGGCGGCAGCAGGCACCAUGCCUGGCGGACCCAUUCCGGGCGGAGGACCAUCUGCACACACACACACACAGAUCUCAUGACAGCACCCAUCCCUUCUGUCGCCCUCCUUCCCCCACACCUGAUGCAGUGACAACCGUCGGCUGGUGCUGCAGUGCCGCCGCAGCCGUAUCGGACGCAGCUGCGGGUGAAGCACCAGCAGCGGGCAGCGGAGCGUCACCAGACGGUGUACUGAACACAACACACAAUGGCAAAUGGACAAGCAUCGGCAUGCAGACAAAUCAUCGCCUGGCUACCGACAUCUAUCUCUACAGAUGCACCUAGUGUUUCACCUGCUCAUGUGCUUCCGAACUUCGACACGAUAUGCUGCGAAUCAAUAUUGAUCUGAUCCGGCAGCGCCUGCAGCUCAGCCAGGCCUCUCGCUUUGCGCAAAAGAACAGAAAAUCUGCCCUGCGCUUUCAACUCACGCAGCAGCGGUUUCAGGGAGCACCCUAGGUGGCCUGACGGCCAAGUCCCCUGUCGGUCUGUCCAACAUGAAAACAGGCACCCCAACAUGCAACCCGGACACGAAACACGC